CUAGUUUUCGAAGCUUACUCAUACAUAAAAAAAAGUAACGACAAAAUGACGUAAUCCUCCAAUAUGGCGGAUGACGCGCGCGCUCCCUGCCGCCCGCGCUCGUAGUUUCUUCACCAGCCAACUGCCACUCGUCUCGAAUGAUUUCACCUUGCGAUGAAUGAAAAUUGUUGUAGACAGUCCGAGUACGAAUUAUUCAGAUAAUAAACUCAUCACCAGACAUAAAAGGUGUAUUGUGAUACAGUGCGUCUAAAGGUGGAUUCGUGGUUGUGUUAUUACCAGUUCUCCCUUUUGUGAGACCGUUGUGUUUACGUGCUGAAAAAUCAUCGAGUGCAAAAUCUACAGGUCUCCGGAACCGCCGGUGCAGUGUUUAAUGGGAUCUUGUUGAUCAACAGGGACUGAAGGUCGAGCGGCACAAUGCCGGAGGGGGUGGCCAAGGAGGCCAAGGACGAUGGGAAGAGCAAGGCCAAGGAGGCCUCGCCGCGGAGGCGCGCCACCGGUAACACCGCCAAGGUGCGGGUGGAGCUGCUGGAUGGCUCCGUCAUGGAGCUCGAUGUUGAUAGAAAAAUCCGCGGCCAGGAGUUACUGGGCAAGGUGUGCGACAAACUGAACUUAGUAGAGAAGGAUUACUUCGGGUUGCUGUAUGAAGACCGCGGCGACCCCCGCGUCUGGGUGGACCUCGAGAAGCGGCUCUCCAAAAUGCUUAAAUACGAGCCCUGGACGGUGAGGUUCUCAGUGAAGUUCUACCCUCCAGAACCAGCACAGUUACAGGAAGAACUCACGCGGUACCAGCUCGUCUUGGCUGUGAGGAAGGAUCUGUUAGAAGGCCGCCUGCCGUGCUCCACGGUGACGCACGCGCUGCUGGCCAGCUACCUGCUGCAGUCGGAGCUGGGCGACCACGAGGAGGGCGCGGCGCGCGCCGGCCUGUGUCGCGAGCUGCGCCUCGUGCCCGCCGCCGCCGCCACGCACGACCUCGAGGAGAAGGUCGUCGAGCUGCACAAGACGCACAGAGGUCAAACCCCAGCGGAAGCUGAGCUGAAUUACCUGGAGAACGCCAAGAAGCUGGCGAUGUACGGCGUGGACCUGCACCCUGCGAAGGACUCGGAGAAUGUCGACAUCACGCUCGGUGUCUGCUCCUCCGGCCUGCUCGUGCAUAGAGAGAAACUCCGCAUCAACCGUUUCGCGUGGCCAAAGAUCUUGAAGAUCAGUUACAAGCGGCAUAACUUCUACGUGAAGCUGCGGCCCGGCGAGUUCGAGCAGUUCGAGUCCACCGUCGGCUUCAAGCUCGCCAACCAUCGUGCAGCUAAGAAGCUGUGGAAGACUUGUGUCGAACAUCAUACCUUCUUCAGGCUGAUGUCCCCCGAGCCGGCCAGCAAGAGCACGCUGUUCCCGCGGCUGGGCUCGCGCUUCCGCUACUCGGGGCGCACGCACUACGAGUCCCGCGCCGCGCCGCCGCAGCGCCCGCCGCCGCACUUCGCGCGCACGCUCUCCAACAGGAAGCUGUCCUCGCGCAGCAUGGACGCCUUGGCCGCAGGAGACAAGGAUGAGUCCAUGCCAGCUGACGCAGCGAAACGCCACACGAUGCCGCCGCAACCCGCGCCGCGACCCACCAUCAAAGACAAGAAACCGCCCCCGGGAGCCGUGAAAGUGAUGCCCACCGCGCCGCCAGACAAGAAGGACGAGAAGAAGGUCUUGGAGCAGAAGAAACCCGCUGAGAAUGGUACUGACACGACCAGUGAUCCUGGCAUCACGAAUAAUGUCGACACGACGCCCAAGAAAUCCAAGACCGGAGGAUUCGGUCUAUUUGGCAAAAAGGACAAGUCACCUAAAGAAGAAAAAUCACCAAAGGAGAAAUCUCCUAAAACGAAAGACAAAAAAGUUAAAGAACCUAAAACUAAAGUGGCCGUGCUCGAUACGUCCAAUGACAGUUCCAACCUCGAUAGUUCACGCGAGAAGAGCCCGACAAAGGGUGACGACAAACCAUCAUUCACUAAACCGUACGAAUACACGGAUACCGAGAAAAGUCCCACACGUACUAAGCCCUUCAUUCAGGGUGCGUUUAGUUACGAGAGAGAACCCAUUUCUGAGGAGAAACAGAGGGCUUUAGAUGAAAGCCAAAGUCCAACUACAAGGAAGGCGGGUCUCGCCUUUAACUACGCCCCCGGUGAAGAUAGGAAAGUCGCGGAAAGCGCUGAGAAGCGUAAGACACCUGAAGACCCUAGCAAGCUUAAAACGCCAGGUAUCGACUACGUGCAGUCGGCAGCUCUCAAAGAGCAAGCUAAGAACGUCAUUGAUCCAACUCUAGCGUUACUUGACUCUGAAAGAUCUCAUCACGAAACACCAUCUGCUGCAGUACCAGUCGUCGCAGCUAAACCAGAAAACGAAAUCCAAGUUGUUAUCAUCACUGGUCGCUAUAACCCCAAGUCUAAGAAACUUGACGAUGCUAACGGCACCGUCCUUGUCACUAAGGGCACAUUGAACAAAGCCAACGGAAAGAUCCAGACUGAUAAGGAAGUUAUCAACACAAAAUCAGGACAAGUCAGCUACUUAGACACCGCUACAGGCAAACAAGAGGUCAAAAGUGGCCAUGUCGACAAGUCAGGACACAUCUUAUUUACAUCAGGCGUUAUUGACCCGAAGACUGGCAAGAUUGAUCCUACAUUAGCUCAGUUAUACUGCUUUGUUGAAAGAUCAGCAGACAAAGUUGGUGCUAAGCCCGGCAGGGAAGUCGACCUGGUCGUCAUUACCAGUAAAUACGAUGGCAAGAACAAGAAGCUAGAUGCCUCUCACGGACAUGUGGACGUGUCUAGAGCCGUCGUCGGUCCCGACGGAAAUGUCUCAUCAAACUACGGAGUCAUCGACCCAAGAACAGGCAAAAUUGAUUACAUCGAUCCCAAAUCUAGUAAACAGGAGCCUAAACAAGCCUACGUGGACCAGAAAACUGGAAAUAUUCUGGUAACUACUGGUGUUCUAGACCCCAAAUCUGGUAAGGUCGAUUCUUCACUCGGCCAACAAUUCAGUAUUGUUGAAAAGGAUGCUACUAAGGCCAACAGGGAAGUGCGACUAGUUGUCGUAACAAGCAAGUACGACCUCAAGACAAAGAAAAUGGACCCCGCUGUUGCGCAUGUAGACUCCGUGAAAGGAGUACUCAGCGGUACUGACGGAAGAAUUUACACAGACUACGGGAUCAUUGACCCCAGGACUGGAGAAAUACAAGUCACCGAUCCCAAGACUGGUAAACAAGAAACCAAGAACGCGACAGUCGAUCCCAAGACUGGAAAUAUCCUGCUACUUUCUGGAGUCAUCGAUCCCAGGACAGGAGAGCUGGACACGAGUCUAGGCCAGCAAUACAGCAUUGUAGACAAACCUAUAGACACGUUCGGAGUCUGUAGCGGCAAGGAAGUCCAAGUUGUAGCUAUUACCGGCAAAUAUGACUCCAAGUCGAAGAAGCUCGACAAUCCCAACGGUUUCGUUGAGACGUCGCACGCUAUCAUCAGCGACAAAGACGGAAAAGUUCAUUCUAACUUCGGUGUGCUAGUCCCUAACAGCGGAAAAGUAUACUUCACAGAUCCCAAAACGGGCAAGCGUGAUUUCAAACAAGCAAACAUGGAUCCUAGGACUGGAAGCUUUAUAUUAACAUCUGGUGUUAUUGACCCCAAGACAGGAAAAACCGACUCUUCACUAGCACAGCAAUUGACUGUUGUAGACAAAGAUGCGCCUAAAGGCAUCCCUGAAAGAUAUGUCAACUUAGUCGUAGUGACAUCUAAGUACGAUCCUAAAACUAAGAAGUUGGAUGUUAACAAUGCUCACGUAGACAGCUUCCCUGGCAAGUACAGCAACGAUGACAAAGUCCACACUGACUUUGGUAUUGUCGAUCCAGCAACGGGCGAUGUCAUUAUCACUGACCCUAUAACAGGCAAGCAAGAAACAAAGAAGGCUGCCAUUGACAACAAGACCGGCAAUUUACUCCUAACAUCAGGAGUGGUUGAUCCUCGUACUGGUAAAGUGGACCCCACUCUUGGCCAACAGAUAACUGUUGUAGAUAAGCCGAAAGAUGCAUUCCCGGCUGUGCCAGGAAAGGAGGUCCAACUGGUUGUUAUUACCAGCAAAUACGAUUCGAAGAACAAGAGGUUAGAUAACCCUAAUGGUCAUGUAGAGACCUCGCGCGCUAUAGUCGCCGCUGAUGGAAAAGUACACUCCAACUUCGGUCUUAUAGACCCGAAAACCGGCAAAGUUGAGUCCACUGAUCCUAGGACUAACGCUCUAGAUGUCAAGGAAGGCAUUGUCGAUCCUAAGACAGGACACGUCAUCGUCGCUUCGGGAGUUGUAGACCCUAAGACAGGAAAAACCGACUCGUCCCUUGCGCAGCAAUUUGCUAUCGUUGAUAAAGAUAGAGUGGUGCCAGAGAGAUACGUCAACCUCGUCAUUGUUACAUCCAAAUAUGACCUGAAGAACAAGAAGUUGGACCUCAACAAUGCCCACGUCGAUACUUUCCCUGGAAAGGUCGGCGCUGACGACAAAGUACACACGAAGUUCGGUGUCGUUGAUCCCAAUACUGGUGAGAUUAUAGUCACAGACCCAGUUACUGGCAAACAAGAAGUCAAGAAGGCAGUAGUGGACUCAAAGACUGGCAACUUGCUGCUAACAUCAUCAGUGGUUGACCCAGUAUCAGGAAACGUCGAUCCUUCGCUAGGACAACAAAUAAGCGUAGUAGACAAACCUAAAGAUCAAUUCGCUGCUGUGCCCGGCAAAGAAGUACAAUUGGUUGUUAUCACAAGCAAGUACGAUCCUAAGACUAAGAAACUUGAUAACCCUAACGGUCACGUCGAUACUUCAAGGGGAAUAGUUGCCGCCGAUGGCAGGGUUCACACUAACUAUGGAAUAAUUGACCCCAAAACAGGAAAGAUUGACCACGUUGAUCCUAAAACUGGUAAACAGGAAAUUAAACAAGCUAUCGCUGACCCUCAUACUGGAAAUCUGUUGCUAACAGCUGGUAUUGUUGAUCCUAAAACAGGCAAAACAGAUUCAAGUCUCGCGCAGCAAUUAACUAUUGUAGACAAGGAUGCUCCUAAAGAGAGAUACGUUAACUUAGUUAUCGUGACCACUAAGUACGAUCCUAAGAGCAAGAAGUUGGACCUUGCUAACGCGCAUGUAGACUCCGUGGCUGGAAAGCUCGGACCUGAUGGAAAAGUACACACCGAGUUUGGAGAAAUCAAUCCAGCAACCGGAGAUGUCAUCAUUAAAGACCCUGUUACAGGUAAACGCGAGACCAAAGUCGCUACUGUUGACCCUAAGACUGGUAACCUGCUUCUAACAUCAGGAGUUGUGGACCCACAAACUGGUCACGUUGAUCCUAACUUAGGUCAGCAAAUCAGUGUCGUUGAAAAGCCUAAAGACACUUUCGCACCAGUUUCUGGUAAAGAAGUACAAUUAGUCAUCAUUACUUCCAAAUACGACAUCAAGAAUAAGAGGCUCGACAACCCUAACGGCCACAUCGAGUCAUGCAGAGGUAUUGUUGCUGCUGAUGGCAGGGUUCACACCAACUACGGCAUAAUUGAUCCGAAGACCGGUAAGAUCGAACACGUCGAUCCUAAGACAGGCAAGCUGGAGACUAAGCAAGCUGUCCCUGAUGCAAGCGUAGGAAACAAGUCCGGUAAUUUAAUCCUAACAUCUGGUGUCAUUGAUCCCAAGACUGGAAAGCCAGACUCAUCGCUCGCUCAGCAAUUCACAAUAGUAGAGAAGGAAACGAAACCUGUUGAAAGAGAGAUUCAUCUCGUUAUUAUUACCACUAAGUAUGACCCGAGAACUAAGAAGAUUGAUCCUAGCCAAGGCCAUGUCGAUACCAUCAGUGGUGUUCUCGGCGCUGACGGAAAGAUCCGCACUGCCGCUGGUAUUGUUGACCCAGCUAACGGAGAGAUUGUCGUCACUGACCCGAAAACUGGCAGACAGGAAGUUAAGCGUGCUCAACUUCAUCCCGAAACGGGCCACAUGGUCAUCACUAGUAACGUUGUGGACCCAAAAACUGGCAAAGUAGACCCUACACUGGUUCAACAAUACAGCAUUGUUAACAAACAAGUCGUGCCUUUCACUAAACCAGCCUCUAAGGGCGAAGUGCGCUUGGUCAUCAUCACAAGCAAGUACGAUCCCUACACCAAGUCCGUGGAUGCCGGCACAGGCAACGUUGAAGCAACGAAAGGAUACGUCAGUGCUGAAGACGGCAAAAUUCACACAGACUUUGGCAUUAUCGAUCCAAGGUCGGGUCAAAUCCUGUACAAGGAUCCUGUAACUGGCAAGCAAGAGUUGAAACAAGCCGAGAUUGAUCCUAAGUCAGGAAACCUCAUCAUAACCACCUCUGUGGUAGACCCUAAGACAGGAAAAGUAGAACCUUCUUAUGCCCAGCAACUUACUAUCGUUGAUAAGCAGAAUCUGUUGUCUGUAGCAGCGCCAGUGUCUCAAAGAGCUAGCGUAUCCCCCGCCAGGCAGGUACCAUCACCAGUUAAGACCCCGACUCCCACGCCACUACAAACACCGCUGCAAUCACCAGUGCGCACAUCAUCUCCCAUUACAAGCUACGCUCAGAAAUCAUCACCACUGACACCAACGAUGAAAUCUCCAGUGAAGCCAACAACAGCGCCUCCUGAACCACCCAAGAGGAAGAUUGUCAAAAUUAUGGUUAUCUUCACCAGGAUCGACCCUAAGACCAAGAAGCCAGACCUCCACACCGCUGAGGUUGAACAUCUCACUGGAAUUCUAGAUCCUAAUGGUUUGAUCGAAACUAAGUAUGGCGUCAUUGAUUCCAACACUGGUAAUAUCAUCAUUACUGAUGGCAGCGGCCAGAAACAGACUCGCGACGGAUUUGUGUUGUCUGAAACAGGCCAGAUCUUUAUUAACUCGGGUGUGAUUGACCCCAAGUCUGGCAAAAUUGAUCCUAACUUAGGAAUGAUUUUAAGUGUUGCCAAACAAGAGGACCCAGUAGUCGAAAUAACAACUAUUACAGGUCCAAUUGAUCCCAGAACAGGCAAAGUCGAUGUCGAAAAUGGUACAGUGGAACACACCAAGGGUAAAGUUGAUGCCGAAACUGGUCACAUUUCUACUAAGUACGGUGUUAUUGAUCCCUCGAACGGAGUUAUAUUCGUAACCGACACGUCAGACACUAAACCAGUGCAUAUUGAUGAAAACAACGGCCUUAUUACAAUCAAAGGCGUAAUCGACCCUAAAACAGGCAAAGCUGAUCCUAAUUACGGUCAAGUAAUAGUCGUGGGCACACACAUAGACCCAGUAGUCGAAGUCACCACGUUUGUUGGAAAGCUGGAUACAAAGAAGGGACUUAUCGAACCAAAACAUUCUCUCGUUGAAAGCAGCACGGGUCAAAUCAAUCCUGACAACAACAAAAUUGAUACUAAAUACGGACAGAUCGAUCUUGUUAAGGGCACCGUAACGUACAACGACCCUAAGACAGGUAAGUUCGAAAGCAAAGAGCUUAAGGUCGACCCUAUCACUGGACAAUUCUUACUUAAAACAGGACAAAUCAAUCCUAAGUCGGGUAAACCUGAUAAGGAUGUUGCUAGAAUGAUCUGCUUAAGAAUAAUCAAGAAUAAAGUUGACCCCGUAUCUGGUAAACAAAUUGUAUCUAACGACCCUAAGAAUGUUAAAGUUGAUCCCAAGACCAACCAGAUUUGGAUCGCUGGACCUAAGGACCCACAAACAGGAGAGGUCAUCUACACAGCCGGACAGGUGGACCCCGUUACUGGUUACAUUAUCACUAUCUACGGACGCCUGGAUAACAAGACUGGCACCAUCAUCAGAACCAACGAUUUCGACAAGUCCCUCAUUAAAGUUGACCCAGUUAACGGACAGAUUUACACUGCUACUGGUGAAGUGGACGAAGACAACCAACCUCUUUACUCCGCGUCACAAGUUGACACGGGCACCGGAGAGAUUUACACUAAGCUUGGAAAGAUUGAUCCCAAGACGGGCAGGCUUAUUAUCAUUAAGAUCUAUGUCAUCACGCAGAAAGAUGACAAAGGAAGAGUCAAGGAAGUCGACCCUAAGGAGUGCACCAUCGAUGAGACCACGGGCAGGAUAAUCACAACAAAGACUGUGUACCUGUACCAGAUCAUCGACCCUAUCACCGGAGAAACUAUCGACGUAGACCCCGACGAUCCCAGGUUGAAGGGAGCGCGAACGACUGUCACACAAACCAUGACGUUAUCAGGCAAAAUCGACCCCGUUACGGGCAGGAUAAAGACCGAGUACGGAGACAUCGACCCCGACACGGGUGACAUUGACCCGAGCACGGCCGUCAGAGACCCCGUUACCGGACAACUGAUCCUCCAUUAUUCACAAAUCGAUCCUUCCCACUUCGAAGACAAGAGCGGCAACUACACGAUAGAGAAGGAAACCCAAGACCUGCCGGCCAACAUUGACAUUCAGACAGUGAACACGCAUAAGUUCUCGACUUUCGGCAAAGACGAGAGUCCGCUGAGAGGAGACGAGCCUAAGACGUUCACGGAGUACACGACGAGCGAGCACAUCCGACACCAAGGAUACGUGUCGUCCACCACCCCGCCAUCCUCCAAGAUCCCGGUCUCGCAGCGCUCCAAGAAGACGCCCACGCCGCCCGUCGUGGUCAAGACCACCACCAAGCAGCUGCUCACCAAGAAUGACGAGGGCGUCACGCACAACGUGGAGCAGGAGGUCGAGAAUCUCGGCACCGGCGAGGUCACCUUCUCCACACACACCAACAAGGCGGAAAGCCUGGAGCCGGCGGAAGGUCCGGGGCGCAGCCCGUACGUGCGCGCGCGCGCCGUGACCACGCGCACGGCCACCACGCACCACGACCUGGACACGCAGGCGCGCACGCAGCAGAUGGAGGAGAAGACCGUCGCGCACACGCUCACCUCGUCCGCCACGCGGCACGAGCAGCGCGUGCUCACGCAGGAGGUCAAGACCAUGGUCACCACCGGCGACCAGCAGCUCACUAGACGCGGUUCGGAAUCGUCGCUGAGCAGCGGAGACUCGGGCACUCCCAUCGACUUUGACGAGGGCGCUGGCGAAGGACAUUAUUACGUCACGGAGCCGGGUUCGUACAAGACGACGACCACCACCACAGUGAUGGGUAACGCGCCAUUCGGCAGCAUGGUGCACGGAGCCACCACCAGGGUGAGUGCUGAAGAAACGAGUACGGGCCCCGUGGAGAGCGAGCCGGUGGAGACGGAGGAGACGGUGGGCGCGGACGGGGAGGUCGUGUCCUCGCAGACCAUCAGCUCCAAGACGCGCACCGUCGAGACUAUCACUUACAAGACGGAGCGUAACGGCGUGAUCGAGACGCGCGUGGAGCAGAAGAUAACCAUCCAGUCUGACGGAGACCCCAUCGACCACGACCGCGCGCUUGCCGAGGCUAUACAGGAGGCCACAGCGAUGAACCCAGACAUGACAGUCGAGAAGAUCGAGAUCCAGCAACAGAGCACGCAACCGUAACGCGUUGCAGCAACACGCUCGUAUGUACGUACAUACCUAGAUGUAAGCGAUAACAAUGCGAAUAUUAAUCACUAAGUUAUUUAAACAUUUAUAUUAAUUAAUUAAUUAAAUGUUAAUUAUAUUUAAUAUUUGAUGUUGUCACGUUGUGCACUUUACGAUUUUGGGCGCGGGGAGGUCUAGUGCAGUGUGCUAGUCCAUUACGAAACAUGAUAGGAGAAAGUUUUGAUAUUUUCCAAAGAAAUUUGGUUUUAUUCAAAUUUCUAUAACGUCAAUUUAGCAUGUAAUCUCCCAAUGUUUUCUAGUAAUGGACUGUACACGUCGAACUAUAAGUAUAAUGUUGUUUUGUAUGACCGCACCCGAGCGGCCCGCCUUCGCGCCGAGGAAAUGCAAUUAUAUAUUGUAAUAUAUUAUCAUAAGUACUGCAGCAUUUUUCUUUUUUAUAUUUGUGUAAGCUUAGGCUAAGGCAUCCAUACAAUCCGGACGUCAUAGGGCUUCGUAGAAAUAUUAAUGUUGCCAUAGUAAAAAAAUAUAAAAAGUGUUUUGUAUUACUAUAUAAAAAUCAUAUUAGCGUUGGGUUUUCACAAAUCUGGCUGGAUAAUGUUUUAUUAUGAUAUACAUGUUGCUCAAAUCAUUACUCUAGCUUUGACACAGUUGGCUGAAUGACCGUCACUGCCAAUGAAAAGCCGUUUUAAUAUAAACAAGUACCUCUAUAUACCUAGAUUUUCUAAAUUAUAUCUCAAACUCAUUAAUCACGUCAAACCAUGUAUAGGGUAAAACAUAUAAAGUAAGUCUUAAAAUGUCUCGGAAUUGGCAAUACUAUUCCAGCCAGGCUUGGAUCACGAGCUCAUUUUCUAACGGAAUAGCUUUAAAACAUUGUCACACGAGUAAGACCACCGUUUUUAGAUAUAAAAAAAAUCUACAAAUUAUUAAUUUUUCUCCUCCCUUCUAUUUAAAAAUGUCGAUAUACAAUGUAGUGUGGGACUAAUCGGUUAUCUAUCGGUAUACUUGUAAUCCUUUGACGUUUUUACAGUUUAAAAAUACUAAAAUCAAGUUUAAAAUAUCUGUUAUCUGAUCAAAGUAUCACAAGUCAUAUCAAGAACUACAAAAGUAUAUGUUAAAAAGAUAUAUUAUUGACGUGUUGCUAUGGACUAUAUUAUAUCUGCGCGGUCUUCGUGUCACACACACAGUCACAAUAAAUAUUAAUUAAUAUUAUACCUAAUCACGGCCUUGAUUUUACGUAAGUUAAAAUGUAAAAGCUUAUACGGCUUGAAAAAGAAUCAUUACGCCUCUUAAUUAAGUUUUAUGGAGAGUUUAUUCGUAUAUUACUUUCUAAAUACUUUCAGAGUUCGCUGUUGUUUUGUCCGUGACUGUUGUGUGUGUCACGGCGAUCGUAACUUCACCAUUAGGUGCUACUACUUAGGAUCUAGUGUUACGUACGUUUGUAAUACGCCACGCAGCGGGCGAUACAUUUUAUAUGUAAAAUUAGUUUGGCAGCUUUGGCUAGGCGGGGUCGACCGAUUGCAACAACAAAUACAAACUUUUCUCCAAAACUUGCUUUGAUUUUUUUUUAAAUCGUGAUUAAAUUAAAUUGUGAUAAAAAUGGUUGUAAAGAUUAGUAGUGAUUUUAAAUAAUUAAAAAAUAAACGACUUAAUUUGUGUCAGUAGAUUUGGAUUUUAUUUUGAAAAUUCUUUGAUUGCAAAAAUCUGAUGUAUCUGAUAAUGGUGUAUUGUUGUCGGUCGCCCCGGGGGUGUAAACUAAGCUUAGUCGGUCGAUGUUAGAGGUUAGGGCCAGACGAGCAUUUGUUGCAAUCAACAGAUACAACCGCAGGACAUUCCAUAGUUCACAAACUUUAUUCUAGGUGUAAUCGCUGCGACAUGACACUGAGUGUUUGUUUCUUUUUAUAAUUUCUUGUGUUAAGGUUAUUUCUGAAACGAUUGGAUUAUCUCUACAAGUCUCUUAAAAAAUUAAAAAGUUUAUGAAUAUAUUGAACAGAUUUCUUCUUCAAGAUUAAUAUUUUUUGUCUCUCGUGUACAGUUUCUCACUCUGCAUGUGUCGCACAAAACGUAUGUCUAUGCUGUAACUGUCCAGGCUAGUAGAGACAAUACAAUCGUUAUAAAUAAGUUGGAAUGAUACUGAUAUUGUACAAUUUAUUAUUAUAAUAUUAAUAUAUUUAAUACGCGCUAGACGUAAAGAUUAUUUUGUAUUAGAGUUAAGUUUUUACGCUGGUUUAAAAUCAGAUUUUAUUAACGGUCUGUUAUAUUUGCUUGUAAAACUAUCAAAGUUAUUACAAAUAUAACAAGCUGUGACAAUUUUUUUUAUAAAUUUGACAUUUUAUUGUAUUAUUUUGUUCUAAGAUAUGCUGUCAAAUAUCGAUUAAAUGAAAUUAAAACACAAUUAUUUUUAAUCUUUGUCAAUAUUUCCUGUCGUAUUCGUAAUGUUGAUAUUUUAUGUGCAGUGGGAACAACUAUCAAUAUAAACAAUAUUUUGAAAACUAAACAAUAAAGAGUUAGUAUAAAUAUUGAUUGUUGUUUGUCUUUGUACAAUAUUCUGUCUUGUGUUAAUUUAAAACUCCACUUACACGCGUUGUUUUGAGCUAAAAAUAAUUUACUUGAAUACCUACUAUUUGUUUGAUGAAAUCAUUUCUUGAAUCAUGGGACUGUUUAGAAUGCCAAGUAACAUGUUUUGCGCAUACUAAGAUUUUUACUUGCGUCAUAAAGAUUAUUAUUUACCUAGGAUGGUCCCACGCAUUGACCGAUGGUGGCAUAUAAUUGGUGUAAUUAUUAAAGCCUUCGGAAUCACGUGGAACGAGUAUUUACAUAAAGGUAUCCAUUAAAAUGUCACACAGUGUCGUAAACAUCUUAUAGGUGUUAUUAAAUAAACCUAUGACUGGGAAAGAAGGGAGAUUAUGGCGUUAUAUUUUACUGCUUAUAUCAUAUUAAAGAAGCAAACUUUAAUAGUGUAAUUGGAGGUUCUGUAAUUUAAUGACGUCAGGAACAACGCGUGCGAGUGGAGCGUUCAUUAUAUUUAUUGUAGAUGUUUAUUUUUGUAUCGAGUGGCCCUGUUCCGUAGCGGUAUCGAGAAGAGUUAGGUAUUACAAAUAAACAAUGCUUUGUUUUA